CGUGUGGCAUCCAAGUCUUUUAAGUCUUCCUUCAAUAAUGCGAUCUUGGCCAAGUUUGCACAAGCGUUCUUCCCCUGUCUUUCCCAUCUUCAAGUUGAAAUCUCUUGGGGAACUUGUUCUUAAUGGAUGCUCUAGCUUCGAAAAGUUCCCAGAGAUCUUGGAGCCUAUGGAACGUCUGCGGAGACUUGAGUUAGGAGGAACCAAAUUGAAAGAGCUGCCUUGUUUGAUUGAAAACGCAGUUGGGCGGAAGGAAUUGGAGUUACCUGGGUGUAGAUGCUUCGAGUCUGUCCCAAACAGCACCUUGCCUCGGUCGACGGUCAUUUUAUGGCCUUCGAUGUACUACCUCGACCUCGGAGGCUGCACAAAGUUAGGAGAAAUCCCUGAUUGCAUCUUCUUCCGCCUCAAGAGGUUAUCUAGAUUAGAUCUGGGGGGAAGCAUGAUUAGGCGCAUACCUUCAACCAUCAAUCAAGCGUCUGAGCUGGGGGAAUUAAUUAUAAGAAAUUGCGAGCUCCUUGAGUCUUUACCCGAGCUCCCAUAUGGUCUGGGAUAUAUAAAUGCAAGGGGGUGCAAGAGAUUAAAGACAUUGUCUGGGUUCACGACUGCACGCACACACGGUUCAUAUUUGAACAUAGCCCGUGACUUUUAUGAUUGCGGAAGUUUGGAUGAGAAUGCGAGAAGGUACUCGGGAAGAACACGUACACGAGCCAGUACCAGCUUAGCUGUUCGGGAAGUGAAAUUCCAAAAUGGGUGAGGAAUCAAAUGGAGGGAAGUAGGAUAGAUAUCACGCUUCCUCCACAUUGGAUUAAAGAUGCCAACUUUCUGGGUUUUGCUUUCUCUGUUGUUAUUGACUUCCGUAAGGCGCCUCAUGCGGACGUUUGUGUACUUGACUGCAUCUUCGAAAACGAGGAUGGUGAAUACAUUUUCAAAAGCGAGGAUGGUGAAAGCUAUACAUGGGACACAUGCUCUCUUGAUGGACAGUAUCUAGAAAACUCGGAAAACAUGGUGGUGGUGUGGUUCGCAACCCUUGAGAGGAUGGGGUGGCGGUUCGCUCCUUGUACCAAUGUCACUCGAGCCUCUUUCCAUUUCAAACUACACGAUGAGGGACCUGAGAACGAGUAUGAGGUGGAACGGUGUGGGGUGGGCUUUGUAUAUGCUCAAGGCCUAGACGAAAAUGCUGUAGAUUGGCAGAUCAUGGAUGAACAGCAUGGUGAAGCUACCGCCAGUGAGAAUUCAGAUUAAGAUACCUCGGAUUCAGUACUGUAUAGUCAUUAUAGGCGGCCAGCUGCUACUAGCUAGAUAGAAUUGAAGCUCUUCUUUUAUGGUAUCAAUCUAAUCCUUGUCCUUAUUUUCGAACUCUGCAGACUAUUAUAACACAAGCAUGGGCAGUAGCAAGGGAGCAUCUAGCCAGAACCCUUCUCAAAUGAUUUGUGUGCUCGAUCUCUUAUUUCAUGUUGUAGACAUUGGAUUAUCAGCUGGAUCAUAUGCCAUUAACUUGUUAUCAAUGUUAUGGGAUCUUUAUAUCUUUUAUAUUCUUUUGUGGUUGCUUUUGUUUUAAUUUGAUUUAUUGUAUGAAGUGUCAAUUAGUUGAAUUAGAAGGUUGUAUUCAAAUCUUUGGAAGGACCACACUGAUUUUUUUU